AUGCAUCGACUUUUUGCUGAGCUGGAGCCAUCUGCAACCGUCACCGAGCAAAACCUGGCAGACCGAGUUCGGUGUAUAUUCUUGCGCUCAAAUAUAUUUGAUGUCACCGAACUCGAACGGCUACGACGUGAGGAUGUUCCCUCAUCGGAUGAAAAUGCUACGGCUGAGGAUGUGGCGCCACAACUUGCAGAGCAACCGGCAAACGUGGAUGCUGCCGUGAAUACCCCAGUUGUGGUUGAUUCAAACGAUGAUGGAACAUUUGUCCAGUAG